CCCUGCAGAUCCUGCUUUUCCUGCAUUAUGCUCCUGUUUUUACACGACAUCAACAAAACACCUGGAACCAGAGCCAAAACAUCACAGUCUCCCUCUCUCUCUCUCUCUCUCUCUCCCUCUCUCACACACACACACACACACACACACACAGCAGAAGUUUUCCCUGGAACGAGGACGGAGUGAGUUAAUGGGUCCGGGAUCGGAUCGGAUCCGAUGAUGUGGUUUCGGACUCUCCUGCUGCUGGGAUUCCUGCUGGACGUGUGUUAUGGAUAUUCCUCUGAGGAUGAGGAUUAUUACAUGCAGGAGCUUCUGAGUCGGGAACAUUACCAGCGGAUCCCGGAGAGCGGAGAGACUCCCGGACGGGGAAUCGGGAAGGAGAGCAGAUCCACAUCAGGGAAAGCUGCUCACAGAAAGAGUGAGAAGAAGAAAGCGGUGAAAGCAUCCGAGGGUGUCAGUGGCGGUUCGUUCGCUCCCGAGCGAGUCGACUGUCCUCCGCUGGGUCUGGAGACGCUGAACAUCGAUGACUUCCAGCUCCACGCAUCCAGCAUGAGGCACUACGGUCUGGGGCCGCACAGGGGCCGACUGAACAUCCAGGGUGGUCUGCAAGAGGAUGACCUGUAUGAUGGAGGCUGGUGUGCUGGAAGGAUUGACCCGCUGCAGUGGUUAGAGGUCGACGCUCGCAGACUCAUGAAGUUCACCGGGGUCGUCACUCAGGGGCGGAGCUCACUCUGGUCGAGUGAUUGGGUGAGCUCAUAUAAAGUUCUGCUCAGUAAUGACUCUCACAGCUGGGUGACACUGAAGAACGGCUCCAGAGAUCUGAUUUUCUCUGGGAACCGAGAGAAGGAGAUUCCCGUCCUCAACACCUUCCCCAAACCUGUAGUCGCUCGUUACAUUCGCAUAAACCCUCGAUCCUGGUUCCCCGGCGGCGGCAUCUGCAUGCGUGUGGAGAUCCUGGGCUGCCCGAUGCCAGAUCCAAACAAUUAUUACCGGAGAAGAAAUGAAGUGACGACGACAGACGACCUGGACUUCAGACACCACAGUUAUAAAGAGAUGAGACAGCUGAUGAAGGUGGUGAACGAGAAGUGUCCGAACAUCACGCGCAUCUACAACAUCGGCCGGAGCUUCAGCGGACAGAAGCUGUACGCCAUCGAGAUCUCGGACCGGCCCGGCGAGCACGAGCUGGGCGAGCCCGAGUUCCGCUACACGGCCGGUUCCCACGGUAACGAGGUUCUGGGCCGCGAGCUGCUGCUGCUGCUCAUGCAGUUCAUGUGUCAGGAGUAUCUGAGCGGAAACACACGCGUACGCCACCUAGUGGAGGAGACGCGCAUUCACCUGCUGCCCUCCGUCAACCCCGACGGCUACGAGAAGGCCUUCGCGGCGGGCUCUGAGCUCAGCGGAUGGACUCUGGGCCGCUGGAGUCACGACGGCCUCGACAUCCAUCAUAACUUCCCUGAUCUCAGCUCUGUCCUCUGGGAGGCGGAGAACCGGAACUGGGUCCCGCGCAAAUUCCACAACCAUCACAUACCCAUCCCGGACUGGUACCGCUCCGAGAACGCCAGCGUGGCCGUGGAGACACGCGCUCUGGUGUCGUGGAUGGAGAAGAUCCCGUUCGUGUUGGGGGGGAACCUGCAGGGCGGCGAGCUGGUGGUGUCGUUCCCGUUUGACCGCACGCGCUCCGAGACGCUCCGGCACCCGACGCCCACGGCCGACGAUCACGUGUUCCGCUGGCUAGCGUUCUCCUACGCCUCCACACACCGGCUCAUGACCCACGCCAGCCGCAGGGUCUGCCACACACACGACUUCGCCAAGGAGGACGGCACCGUCAACGGCGCCUCGUGGCACACGGCCGCAGGAAGUAUGAAUGACUUCAGUUACCUGCACACCAACUGCUUCGAGCUCUCCAUGUACGUGGGCUGUGACAAAUACCCUCAUGAGAGCGAACUACCAGAGGAGUGGGAGAAUAACCGCGAGUCUCUGCUCGUCUUCAUGGAACAGGUGCAUCGUGGGAUUAAAGGUGUGGUCAGAGACGUUCAGGGGAGAGGAAUCGCCAAUGCCAUCAUCUCUGUGGACGGAAUCAAUCACGACAUUCGCACAGCGUCUGACGGGGAUUACUGGCGUCUGCUGAACCCGGGUGAGUACCGCGUGACGGCCCGUGCCGAGGGCUUCGGCGGCAGCAGCAGAGUGUGUGUGGUGGGAUACGACAUCGGCGCUAGCAGCUGCGACUUCACACUCGAGCGCUCAAACCUGUCGCGCAUCAGAGAGAUCAUGCAGAAGUUCAACAAGCAGCCAAUCAGCACGAGGAGACUGAGACAGCCCCGCCCACUGGACACAUAGAGGAGAGUGUGUGUGUGUGUGUGUGACAGAGAGUGUGAGUAAGUGUGUGUGUGUGUGUG